AUGUCUUACGCCGACGCCGCCAAGAAAGGACCCGCACAGUCCGCCGAUGAGAAGAUGCCCGAUACCGUGCCCGAAAUCGCCCAUUCUGACAGCGGGAUCCAUUCGUUGGAUUCCAUGUCCUCCAUCUCUCAAUCUAACAGCCAGCCUUCAUAUGCCGAUCAGCAGCUCGCCCACGAACGCGCUCAGGAAGCCGAGCAGAACACCCGCGAAGCCGCCGACGAGACCGCGCAACAAGCUAAAGAGUUCGGCCAACAAGCCGACGUGGAGCUACAGCGUCUGGAGAAGGAGUCCGGGAAGCGCUUCUCCCAGUUCAGCGAUGACGCCAAGGCCAGCUACGAGCAAUGGAAGAAGUCGGCUUCGAAGGACUUCGAGAGGGCAAAGAAGGAGAUGAAGAAGGAUAGCAAGAAGGCCCAGCUCGAGGCGAAGAAGGGCGCGGAGUGGGCGGAUGAGAACAAGGGAAAUCCAGUGCUCAUUUCAAACGCGGUUGUUCUGACGGCGGUGGCGGGACUGCUGGGAGUCGGGGCGUACAGGCUGCAUGCAAGGAACGAGCUAACAAUGAAAGUGGUUGGCGCGUGGGCGGGUGUCGUUGGGCUGUUCGGUGUAGCAGACUACUACGUGAGCCAGUACUUCUUCCGCACCCACUACCCGACGAAGCAGUGA